AAACCCCCCAACUUUAUCGCUUCAACCGGAAAAUCCCCAGCCCAAAAAACCUCGACUUUAUCUCUUCAACCGGAAAAAUCCCCAAAUCGCCAUGAUCUCCCUCUCGAUUUCCUCCGCAUUCAAACCCUCAAUUAUUCCCUCGUCAAUCACUCAGAAGCCCCUCAAGCCCCCAUCUCUCUCCUUCAAACCCUCUCCUUCUCAGGUCUCCGCCACCGCCGAGAGUCCUCGGUUGGGGUUAGAUUCAGGUUUAGGGCUAGAGUUUCCGGCAAUUUCUUCAGCUCCUCCGUCUCCGGCGACGGCGGCGAGGGGAGCGGAGGGGGACGUGAUGGGGCUGCUGCUGAGAGAGAGGAUCGUGUUCUUGGGGAAUCAGAUUGAUGAUUUUGUUGCUGAUGCGAUUAUAAGUCAGUUGCUUCUUUUGGAUGCACAGGAUCAUACGAAGGAUAUUAGGCUGUUCAUCAAUUCUCCUGGCGGCUCUCUUAGUGCAACAAUGGCCAUCUUUGACGUGGUUCAGCUAAUUCGAGCCGAUGUCUCAACCAUUGGUCUCGGCAUUGCAGCCUCAACAUCUUCACUAAUCCUCGGUGGCGGUACUAAAGGCAAGAGAUUAGCAAUGCCCAACACAAGAAUAAUGCUCCAUCAACCUCUGGGUGGUGCCAGUGGCCAAGCCAUAGAUGUCGAAAUCCAAGCCAAAGAGAUCCUUCACAGUAAAAACAAUAUCAUCAGAAUAGUCUCUGGAUUCACUGGGAGAUCAAUUGAACAGGUACAGAAGGAUAUUGACAGAGAUCGAUACAUGUCGCCGAUAGAGGCUGUUGAGUAUGGUAUUAUUGAUGGUGUUAUUGAUAGAGAUGCCAUCAUUCCUCUCAUGCCAGUGCCAGAGAAGGUGAAGCCUAAGUUGAAUUAUGAAGAGAUUAGUAAAGACUACAGGAAAUACCUGACCCCAGAGAUUCCAGAUGAUGAAAUAUACUGAAGGAAACUCCCUAUUUUGUAGGAUUUUGAGCUCUGGCAAGUGUUCUCGUUAGCUUUGUGCAUCGGUUUAUGCUCGAACGGGGCGAUUAGGUUAUUGUUGUAAUUUACAGGAUUUAAUGGUGGACUUUGUUUCCAUAAGUUCUUUGUGUUACCCAAAUGGAUGAAACUGUAAAACAUGAGCAUUCUGGAUAUUGUGUAAUGUAGAGAGAGAGCAAAAUUUAAUCUCCAGAGAUCUGAUGACAGGGAUUUUCAAGA